ACUGGAUAUUCCAUGGCCGUUAGGGUGCAUCAAAAAACACAUUUCAUGAAUUUUGUUAUGGCUGGGUGCUAAAAGUGUUCCAAUAUAUGUAGAAACAAACAUGCUAAAUAUUUUUCCACUACAUGAUGAUUUAGGGGUGCCACCGCACAUCUGUUUUUGUUGGAUAAAGUGGUUAACAGUGCUCAAUGGUCGCCAUGGAGAUCUGAGGUAAACAAUACUACAGCUCAAGAAAACUGAGGUGAUCUUUCUGUAUGAGAUGAUCUUUCUGUGUUGGGUAUGUAUUAUUACAUAUUACUAUCAUAUCUGUAGUUGUGUCUUUGUAUACUUAUUUGUCAUGUCAUUUAAGUCAUAUUUAUUGGUAUUUGGUGCUCAUUACAUCUAGCUAACGUUAGCUAGCAACAGUUUGCUAACCACAUUUAGCUAUCUAUGUUAGCGAAGCUAUUAAACUUAACAUCAACAGUAUUCUAGAGUGGAUAGUGUCAUAUUCAGAGUAUAGAUGUCUCAUGUUUAUUGAGAGUAGCAUUGUAGUUGUUACAGUAAAUUAACAUUUUAAAUACAAGUAUAUUUGCAAGCACAGCUAGCUACUCUGGUAUUGAUGUAAGUUAUGAUGAAGUUAGACUAUGUACAGCAAAAAUUUGAGGCUUAUGCAAGAAUGGUUUGUCAUAAUUGAGUGAUAUUAAGUAUGGUAAGAUAUGAUUUUAAACACUAUCUUUGAGCUUGUAUCCAUUUAAUUCUUAGGCACUGCACAACACAACCCACCCCAGGAUCCAGCUCUCCUAAGAUGCUGCCCUCACCAACUGGUCCCUGCCAGACUAGCAGUCGCAGCCUGGUCUUUGGUCUGGGCCCCAGCAUCACCAGUGAGGAUGACAUCAUCACAGGUGCCAAAUUGCCAACUGGUCGUCAGAUCUUACGCUGCAUGCUUGCCAAGAAACCUGGUGCAAAUGGAGCAUUGUCGCAGUUCGAGGCAGCCAAGGUUGUCCUGGAGCAGGUGCGGCCAUUUUACAAGAAUGCCAACAUCCCAAUGGUGAGAGACAAGUGUACGUGCUACAAGAUGGUAGACUUAGUCAAUGCUAACAACAAGCUGCAGAAAAUCUCAGACCUAGCUUUCUUGGCCAGCAUGAAGACUGACAGAGUGGCCACAUUUGGUGUAUUGGACAAAAAGCUGCAGCUCAAGGUGAAGCGGCGAGAGGAGCGUCAAGCUGCCGCAGCAGCCAAGCAGUCCCGCUGUGAAAAGGAGCUGGAGGAGAUGACGGCAAUGUCCAGCUUGGAGUCGGAGAGUGAUGAGGAGUCAGAGAAGGAUACUAACACAGUCUAUCCACCAUCUGAGGGCGAACCAUUCCACAAGCAUAAGAAGACUGGAACAAACAUCUUCAUUCCACAUGACAUCCUUAGCCAACCAAGUGUCGUGUCACUGGCUACAAUGCAACAGGCUGCCUUCACGUGUGGCCUUGUUGCAGAGUCAGGCGGUGAAUGUACACAUCUCUCUGCAUCUUACGCAACAGCUGACCGAGCAACAGCUGCCUCCAUUGUGCACCCUACACUGGGACAGCAAGUUAACACCGAUGCUCAGCAAUAUGCACCAGUUGGAGGAGCGUCUUACAGUGGUGGUUGGAGAUGCAGAGUGGCUGAAACUGCUUGUUGUCCCGGAGUAUAAGAAGCAGACCAAUGAGGCAUGUGGAGUUGACAUGCAAGUUGCUGCAGGACUGGUGCUGCGCUGAUCAGGUUGUCAACAUGGCAUUUGACACCACUGCGUCAAACACAGGCCAUCUCACAGCAGCCUGCAUUGCCAUACUGCUCUCACUGGGCCGACCACUGCUUUGGUCUCGGUGCCGGCACCACAUUGGUGAGGUCCUCCUGAACCAGGUUUUCACAGACCUGAAGGUGGAGUCAUCACGCUCGCCAGAGGUUACCUUGUUCACACGUCUGAGAGAGAAAUGGAACCUGUUACCACAAGUAUCCUGCAGCCAAUGGUCCCGCUACAUUCUUGGCAACACCGAGCAACCACUCCUGUCUUCAGUGGCAGAAAAUGGCGGAGCAUUUGGAUUCAAGAACCAGACACCACCAUGACUCACCAUGCCCCCACCUAAAGCCUACUCCUUUGCACACUUUCUCUCUCUCUCCACCCAUGUCCCCAACAGAAUCAUAAUUCUUAUGUACAUACAUAAAUACCUUUUUGUUUCCAAUGU